AUGAGCGCCCAUUUGCGCUCGGGCUACUACCUGGGCAGGAAGUCCAGCGUCUGCCUGGCGCUGGUGGGGGCCGCCCUGCUCUUGGCGCUGUUGCUGCGCGAAAACCUGACCGCCGGCGCCCUCUACCAGCUGCGCUUCGCCUUCCAGGGGACGAUCCACGGGGAGCCGGAUUUCCGCGGCCUCUUCCUGAACAAGUAUGAGGACGAAGGCGAGAGCAGAUGGCUAAUUGCAUCACAACUAGAACCAGUAGAUGCAAGGACAGUCUAUCCAUGCUUUGAUGACCCUGCUAUGAAAGCUACCUUUAAAAUCAGGAUUGUUCAUCAUCCCACCUACAUAGCGCUCUCCAACAUGCCAGCUAUAGAUGUAUCUGAGUAUAAAGAUAUGAGUGGCUUGAUUAAUGGGACUACACCGAUUAAUUGGACUGUGACAACAUUUGAAACAACACCAAAAAUGUCCACAUACAUCACUGCUUUCGUGGUCUGUAAGUUUGAUCAUGUUGCCACAUCGGAGAGGGGCAAUGAGAUACGUAUUUGGGCUUCAAAGGAUGCUGUUCGAAAAGGAUAUACUGAAUAUGCUUUAAAUAUCACUGGACGAAUUUUUUCAUUUAUGGAAGAUUUAUUUAACAUUAGUUAUCCUCUUUCGAAAACAGAUUUGAUUGCACUACCUAAAAUGAGUGCUACUGCUAUGGAAAACUGGGGGCUAAUGACUUUCCAGGAAAGAUCCCUACUGUAUCAACCACAAGAUAAAGGCACCAAUAAGAAAAGAGAGAUCUCUCUAAUUCUUGCCCAUGAGAUAGGACACCAGUGGUUUGGAAAUCUGGUUACUAUGGAAUGGUGGAACGACUUGUGGCUGAGCGAGGGAUUUGCAUCUUACCUUGAAUAUCUAGGUGCACAUUAUAUCGAACCCACAAUGUCACUGGACCAGAUCUUUAGCUUCAAAAUUGUAUUCCCUAUGCUGAGACUGGAUGAUGGAUUAUGGCUAAGUCAGUCUUUAUCAGACACGCAUGAACAUCGUGAAACUGAUGGAAUUAUGGAACUAUUUGGUUUUAUAACGUAUAGGAAGGGGGCUUCCAUCAUCCGGAUGCUUUCCAGUUUUACCACUGAAAGACUGUUUAUCAAAGCACUCAGUUCAUAUCUGAAUGCAUUUUCUUUUUCAAAUGCCAUCCAAGAUGAUCUAUGGAACCACAUUCAGAAGGUAAUAGAUGAGCAGAAUGAUGUCCAGUUGCCAGCAGCAGUAAAAGUUAUCAUGGAUACUUGGACUUGUCAGAGUGGCUUCCCUCUCCUGACAGUCAAUUUCUCAACUGGAAAUAUCAGUCAGGAGAAAUUUUAUAUUGCAGGAGUUAAAAACAACGAAGUUAAAAACAGCACAAAUAAUAUGUGGAUUAUUCCUGUUUCUUGGAUGAAGAAUGGAACUAUGCAGCCUUUAGUGUGGCUUGAUAAAAGAAGCAAAAUAUUCCCUGAAAUGGUAAUAUCUGGUUCAGAAUAUGAUUGGAUAAUCUUAAAUGUAAAUAUGACUGGUUACUACAAAAUUAAAUAUGAUCAAACUUACUGGAGAAGACUGGCUACAGUGCUUGAAAAUGACCCGAAGGCAAUUCCUGUUGUCAACAGGUUACAGUUGAUGGAGGAUGCUUUCAAUCUGGAAGGGUCCGGUUACACCUCAUUUGAUACUCUACUAUAUUUAACUAAGUAUCUUGAGAAAGAAGAUGAUAUCGUAGUAUGGGGUUCAGCACUGAAUAAACUACAAGUUUCUGACUGGGAGCUUAUUCUGAGUGAUUAUGAAUUAUAUCCUGUUUUAAAGAAAUAUUUCUUACCACGAAUUUUGCCAAUAUUCCAUCGUUGUGCACAUCUCCUUCAUCAACAUUUUGACGUGGAGCUAGAGGAAGAUGAUAUUGUUAUUAACAGUAUGGAAAGAGUAAUUGAAAUAGCAUGUUGGUUUCGGCUUCGUGAUUGUUUAGACCUAGCUUCUGAAAUCUUCACCAAGUGGAUGAACAAUCCUGAUAAAGGGGGCCCUGCUUGUUUUAGCAGAACUGUUUGUUGCUAUGGUCUUCAGCUGGGUGGUGACAAGGAAUGGGACUUUUUAUGGAAUAUAUACAAUAGUACUGGAUCAGAAGAAAAAUAUAACGCAUACUCUGCCCUCAGCUGUACCCACGAGCCAUGGUUACUUCAAAGAUUCUUGCAGUAUACCCUGAAUGAUUCUAGCACUCCAUCAUAUCGUAUAGCAGAAAUAAUUGAAAAUGCGGCAAGAAAUGAGAUUGGUCACUGGAUAACAUGGAAAUUUGUAACAGACAACUGGUCACAUCUGUACAAUAGGAGUGGAUUUGAAGCAUUAACUGCUUUCAUGAGGUCUGUCAGGACAGACAUUGAGCUCCAAAUGGUCCAAAGUUUUCUUAACAGUACACUUGAACCACAACUGAGAACAAUAACAGGUGAAAUCUUGAAGGAAAUAAAAUCUAAAAAAGAAAAAAGAAGAGAUUCGGUGAUCAAAAUGAUACAGUGGAUAAAGACAAAUACAAAUGACUGAUUUGAGAACUCUGCCAAAUAUCUGUUUUUUAAAUGUGGCUUAUAACACAUUUUUUUU